AUGGAGGCCAUCAUCCGCCCGGCCUUGACUGCCUCUAGUCGUCGCACGGUCGCUGCUCGCUUCCACCCAGCAUGUCGCUGCCUGCACAACAGCUCGUCGAGAACAGCCACGCCACUCCCUCAUCCCAUUGCUGCUGGUCCGCCACCACAGCCUCCGCAGGCACCUGCCACCGAGACCGAGGAUCGCGUUGCUCGCAAGAGACAACAAGCUGCCCUUCUGGCAAAACAGUCGCAGAUCAAGGUCGACCCUUCGAAGCCAGCAUCAGCUCUGCGCAAGCGUUUCUGGAAAGAGUCUUCGGUCAAGGAGACACCCGAUGGACUUCAGAUCAUGCUGGACAAGCGACCCGUCAGAACGGCCUCCAAGGAAAUCCUCACCCUACCACCUACCAAAUACGCCCUUGCCACGGGUAUUGCUCUUGAAUGGGAUCUCCUCACGUCGGCGCAACAGGCGCUAAAGUACCACUACAUCCCUCUCACAUCUCUGAGUUCGCGCGCAAUCGACAUCCACAACGCUGAUCUGCAAGGCGACAAGAAGAUCAGAGAGAGCAUUGUCACGAUGCUUAUGAGAUAUCUAAGCACGGAUACUCUACUGUGCUGGGAUCCCGAGAAGAGCAUUCACGAUCCUUCUUCGGCGCUCGACAUGAAGAUUGAUGGCCAACCACAGCAGAGCCUCCGACAGAAGCAGAUCGAAACUGCCGAGCCCAUUCUCGCAUACCUCACGACGCACAUCUUCCCUGGUCUCGAGAUUAUUCCUAUCUUGGGUGAGGAUAGCAUCAUGCCAGCCAAGCAGCCCAAGGUGACGCAGGAAGUUAUCCGUGGAUGGAUUUCAGCUCUUCCCGCCUUCGAAUUGGCAGGACUUGAGAGAGGAGUGUUGGCUACCAAGAGUCUGCUUGUGGCCAUCCGGUUGUUGGUCGAGUGGAGUCAGGAGUUCAGACACCUGCAAAAGGAGGACAGCACAUCUAGAUUCGGGAUUACUGAAGCACGUCAAGCUUCAAGUGUUGAAGUGACAUGGCAGACGGAUAUGUGGGGUGAAGUUGAGGACACUCAUGAUGUCGAGAAGGAGGAUGCGGCAAGACAGCUGGGCAGUGUGAUUCUGCUGUCGUCGAUUGCAAAGUCACUCCUGUCCAGGGUGACAAGCAGGGGCGACGUGCCUCAAUCCGAGGCUGCCACUCCUGAUUCUCCUACAACUACAGACAAUUCAGCAGAAAUGGCCUCGUCACGGAACUCUUUCCAGAACGCCCGCCCAGCCCCUCAUCUGGUCACGACCAUGACCAACUCCAACCCCGACUCUGCCUCUGCCUCGCCCGCUACUCGUACGCCAACCGCUCCUCGGAACGGCUCCAUCACGGCCAUGCCCCAACAAUCUACCACCUCAAUCGAGCAGUCGGUCAAGCUGUUCAAGGUCUUUGAAGCCUUGCGACAAGGAGACACGGCCGGCAUCAACAGACACCUCCGCGAAGACUCGACCAAGCUCGAAGGCAACACCAUCGUUCAUCUUGCUGUCCAAUGCGCCGAGCCCUCUGUCGUCGAGUACGUCCUGAGCAUGGACCGUGACGGGAACACUCCUCUGCACAUCGCAUCCACCCUAGGCCGCACUAGCGUCAUCAAGCUUCUGCUUGACCAAAAGUCCAUCAACGAGUCUGUGACAAACUUCCAAGGAAAGACUCCACUUGAUUUGGCCCGCAGCCCAGAAGCCUUCCAGCUUCUACAGCUAGCUCGCUCCAUCUUCAUCGAGAGGACAACCCAUAGAAUCCAGCACCUCAUCCAAUCUGCCGACUACGGUACCCUCGAAGACGUCCUUGCCGAUGAUCACGUUCAACCCCAGACUGUCGAAUCCGGCGGUACAUUGCUACACGAAGCCACUCGCAAGAAGGACACGCAACUCAUCCAGAUACUUUUGCUCAACGGUGCUGACCCCUUCCGUCGCGAUCGCAAGGGCAAGCUGCCUCAGGAAAUCACAAAAGACGAUCACACCAAGCAGAUUCUCAAAAAGUCUCCCGCCGCGGCUGCCGCCCAACGAGGUGUUCAAGAGAAGGCUAUACUUGGUACUGGUGAAGGUCAGCCCGAGAAUGCUCUGAGUGCAAAGGAGGCACGUGAGAUGAAGGGCUACUUGAAGAAGUGGACCAACUACACAACUGGCUACAAAUUACGAUGGUUCGUGCUCGAGGAUGGCGUGCUGAGCUACUACAAGCACCAGGACGAUGCUGGUUCUGCUUGCCGUGGUGCCAUCAACAUGAAGAUUGCUUCUCUGCACAUGGACUCCAAGGACAAGUUGACUUUUGAAAUUCAUGGCAAAUCGUCAGUCAAGUACCACCUCAAGGCAAACCACGAGGUUGAGGCAAAGCGCUGGUUCUGGUCUCUCAACAAUGCCAUUCAAUGGUCUAAAGAUGAGGCCCGUGAAGAGCAGAAGCGCCAACGUCAAGAAGGCGAGGCCUUGCGCCAGGCCGCCGCAGACAAGCAAUCUGCCGCUCCUUCUGUUGCCGACUCUUCGACUCUUGCACCUACUGUGAGCGAUCGACGCACCAGUAUCGCUCAUACUGCUGACGGAGAGACUUUGUACGCUGAUGAGCCUACCAAGUUACAUCGUCACCGCACUUUCGAAACAGACGGCGACCGUGAUUUUGAAGAUGAGGAGGAUGAUUACGCCGAUGAUGACAGCUCUCACGACGUCAAACCCAUCAACAAGGACGCCUUCAACAUCACCGCUCAGUCAGCCAAGCUUCAGCUGGACUUGUUGGCCUCUGUCUCGAACUCACUACAGCAAGAGAAGACCACCAACCCCACCAUCCCUCUGGGCCAUCCCGAUGUUGAAUAUGCUCUGGCCUCUUACGACACUGCUGUCGGCAAUCUCAGAGGCUUGCUGAUAGAUCUUCUACGCAUUUCCAAGGACCACGACGCCUAUUGGCAGCAUCGUGUCGACCGAGAAGCACACAUUCGCAAGCUCUGGGAAGAAAGUAUGGCCCGAGUUGCAGCCGAACAAGAAGAGCUGGAGAACCGCAUCGGUGAAAGUGAGGACAAGCGCAAGAGAACCAAGCGUGCCCUGAGAGAUGCUCUGGAAGGACAAGCUUCAGGUACAGCAAGCCGGGCCCACAGUCGCAGAGGAACUACAGCUACACAAAGUAGCAAGCUCGCUGCUGCUGUUGCAGGUAUGUCUGUUGCCGACGAUGGCACGGCUACUCUUGCAGAUUUGACCAACAACGAUGUUUCCGACGACGACUCCGAUAUGGAUGAACAAUUCUUUGAUGCCGUCGAUGCUGGGGAAGUCGAGGUUGUCGAUCAAAUGCCUGUCACAAGCACGCCUCAAGCCAACAUUCAACCAGAGAAGACUGCACCCAUCGAGGACAACAGUUCCGGCGCGAUCCAAAAGUCUUACCGAGGAUAUGAGGACCCUGUUAGAUCCAAGCUUCCUCUCGAUGCCGACAAUCGACCAAAGGUCUCGCUCUGGGGUAUUCUCAAAAACAUGAUUGGAAAGGAUAUGACCAAGAUGACACUUCCCGUCACCUUCAACGAACCCACUUCUCUGUUGUAUCGUGUGGUUGAGGAUAUGCAAUACACUGAGCUCCUGGAUAUAGCUGCCGAGCGCUCUGAUUCUGCCGAAAGAAUGGUCUAUGUCGCUGGUUUUGCUGCUUCGGAAUAUGCUUCUACCAUCGGCAGAGUCGCAAAGCCUUUUAACCCCUUGCUGGGAGAGACCUACGAAUAUGUCCGUCCUGACAAGGGCUACCGCUUCUUCAUUGAGCAAGUCAGCCAUCAUCCUCCAAUUGGUGCCGCUCACGCUGAGAGUGCAAAGUGGGAAUACUAUGGUGAAUCUUCCCAACGUGGUUGGAAAGCCUCUUCUGCUUAUCUCGUUGCUGGAAAGAUCACCGAUGCUAAGGGCGUUCCUAAAUGGAGCAUUGGCGGUCGCUGGAACGACAAGAUCUAUGCUCGUCCCACUCCUGGCUAUGAAGAUGAAAAUCUUGGCACAUCUACCAAAUCGCAAGAAUCCAAUCAAGCCAUUCUUGUAUGGGAAGCUGGACCUCGUCCUCAGGGUAUUCCUUUCAACUUGACACCAUUUGUUGUCACGCUCAAUGCACUGCCUCAACGUUUGCAACCUCUUCUCGCACCUACCGACUCUAGAUUCCGACCUGACCAGCGCGCUAUGGAAGAAGGAAGAUACGACGACGCAUCUGUAGAGAAGAACCGUGUUGAAGAGAAACAGAGAGCCAGACGUCGUGAGCGUGAAGCUGCUGGUGAACACUUUGAGCCCAGGUGGUUUAAGCUUGCCAAACAUCCUGUAACCGGAGAAGAGUAUUGGCACUUUGGCGGCGAGUAUUGGGGUCUUAGAGAUAGGGUUGCUAAUGGAGAAGCCAAUUGGAACGAAGCUGGCCUUGAAGAGAUUUACUAG